GAUCUGCUGCCUCAUAGUGGAAACUCGAGUCUGCUUGCGAACCUCAAAACAGAGGCGAAAAAAAACAUCAUUAUGAGGUCACUUCCAUUACGUCAUGCGCCUGUAAUGUUAAUCGGCGCGCGCUGUGAUUGGUCCGCGGCUGCAGCGCUCGCCAGUGACGCGCCCAAUGGCGCACUAUAUGUGCUACGCGUCCGGAGCGCGCUGACAGCAGUGUUUAGUCUGACAGCCGCCGCGUUCACUUCAGAAUGAAGCCUUGUUUUGUGCUCGCGUUCCUGCUGUUCUCUCUCGUCUGUCUGAUGUACCAAGCGUCAGACGCGUGUUCAUGCGCGAUGUCUCAUCCACAGGACGCGUACUGCCACUCCGACAUCGUGAUCAGAGCUAAAAUCGUAGGAAAGAAGCUGCUGAACGACGGUCCGUUUGGCACCCUGCGCUACACCGUCAAACAGAUGAAGAUGUACAAGGGCUUCGACAAGAUCCAGCACGUGCAAUACGUCUACACACACGACUCCGAGAGCAUGUGCGGAGUCAAGCUAGACAUCAACAAAUACCAGUACCUGAUCACAGGUCGUGUUCACGACGGGAAGCUGUACACGGGUCUGUGUAACUUUAACGAGCGAUGGGAGCGUCUGUCUCUGGCGCAGAAGAAGGGCAUCAACCACCGCUAUCAGCUGGGCUGUAACUGCAGGAUCAAGCCGUGCCACUACCUGCCCUGCUUCGUCACGUCCAAGAACGAGUGCCUAUGGACGGACAUGCUGUCGCACUUUGGCUACCCCGGCUAUCAGUCGCGUCACUACGCCUGCAUCCAGCAGAAGGAGGGCUACUGCAGCUGGUACCGAGGCAUGAGCGCUCGCGACAAGCUCACCAUCAACACCACCGACCCCUGAGAACCCGCCUUAGACCACUACACCACCGGACACACCUUUCUGAACCGGCAGAUCUUUAAAGAAGUCUCUUCUGCUCAACAAGCCUGCAUUUAUUUGAUCCGAAGCACAGCAAGAACUGUGCAAUCUUGAAAUAUUUUUACUAUUUCAAAUAACUGCGUUCUACACUGAAAACAAUUAUACUUCAUUUAAGGUAAGUGGUUGCAAACUAUUUAUUUUAGCUACAUUUAAAAAAUUGUUUAAUGUAGCUAAAAUAAAUCGAUUGCAAGCACUUACCUUUAAAAAAUGUAGUAAAUUCAAUGAAUCUUUUUUUUUUAAUGUAUUUGAAGAUAUUUUAAAAUGGAAUUUAUUCCUGUGAUUUUAAAGCUGAAAUUUUACCAUCAUUUCUCCAGUCACAUGAUCCUUCAGAAAUUAUUCUAAUAUUCUGAUUUGCUGCUCAAAAAACAUUUAUUAUUAUUAUUAUUAUUAUGUUGAAAACAGCUGAGUAGAAUGUUUUCAGGUUUCUUUGAUGAAUAGAAAGCAUUUAUCUGAAAUAGAGAUCUUUUGUAACGUCUUUAUCAUCAAUUUAAUUUAAUUUCUAUAAUUCCAACAAACAAAAAAAUUAUACUAACUCCAAGCUUUUGAAGGGUAUAGUGUGUAUAAUGUUACAAAAGCUUUUUAUUUCAGAUAAAUGCUUUCUAUUCAUCAAAGAAACCUGAAAAAAUGCACUCAACUGUUUUAAAUAUUGAUGAUGAUGAUAAUAAUAAUAAAUGUUUCUUGAGCAGUAUAUUAUUAUGAUUUCUGAAGACUGGAGUAAUGAUGCUGAAAAUUCAGCGCUGCGUCACAGAAAUAAAUUACAUUUUAAAUUAUAUUCAAAUAGAAAGCAGUUAUUUUAAAUAGUAAAAAUAUUUCACAAUUUUACUGCUUUUGCUGUAUUUUGGAUCAAAUAAAUGCAGUCUUGGUGAGCAGAAGAGACUUCUUUAACAAACAUUAAAAAUCUUACGGUUCAAAAGCGUUUGACUGGUGGUGUACAUCAUCGAGCACACGGAGCCGUCCGCAUUAACCAGAUUAAAUAUGAAGUAAUUUAUGAACGCAAUAAACCCUGCUCUUUUAUAGAGAUGUACUGCUUUUUAAACAUGAUUUCAUCAAUAUGAUACCUGCUAUUGUAUAUGUGCGUGUGCCAGAUUUAUACGGUUCAAUAUCUAUUUAUGAUCGUGCCGAAUCGCUCAGCUCGCUCCGGCACAAACGCAGAGAAAUUAUUCUUUUCCUUCUUGCUGUUUAUGAUAUAAGCUAUGAAAUUGUGAUUUUAGUAUUUUUGUAUUACUUUAAAGCAAAGAUUAUAAACGGUAGAUCGAUCACGUCUUUUCUGUACAUGUGUCUAAAAUGGGUGUGUAAUGGGAAAGUCAGAUUGGGAGGAAACGGAUGUGAAUCAGUGUUGUUUUCUGCCACUAAACUCCUGUUGAUUUCUGCUCCAUUCCUGCGCUGGAGACUCGGCCUCCGGCUCCUGUUUUUAUAACAUGUACAUAUUCUUUCUGUAACACAAACAUCUGCUCGGAUCAGACCCGUCUGACUCUCACCGAAGAGACUGAACGCUCGUGUGUGUGUGUGUGUGUGUGUGUAUGUGUGUGUGUGAGACAGAUGACCAUUUUUCAAUCGAUUCGAUUCGAUUUUUAAUUUCUUUGUUUUAUAUUUUUAUAAUAAACAUUGUGAAAACGGC